CCUAAUCAUCCAGGGAGUAUAUUCCCUUACAAAAAAGUUUCUUACAUUCAGAUAUGGCGUGAUGGGGAUCACGUUCCAGCGAGGAUUUGCAAGAACGACGCAAACCACUGGCCCGGACAACAGUGGGGACAGCUGACUGUCGUAAGUCGAGCUCUUUUGAUCAAUAGCGAUCUGACACUUGGCAGUAAUCAUUUAUCCAUUCUAACACAACGAACCGAAUCAGAGCCGUUUCAAACGAGACAUUUUCAGUUACACAUCAGAACGGUUGACCUGAAUCGAACAAUCACAAGCGCCACAUCAAACGCGCUAGGAAUGUUUUAUGACGACAGCAAUUUGGUGGCUGGUUUGGACUAUCCGAAUAAAAAGGAUUGGCCGAAAGGAUACUUGCCGAUUCCUGUGCAUAUGAUUGAACAACAAACUGAUCAUGUAAGAUCAACAGCACCUAAUGAAGUGCUCUCAAAAUCUAAUGAAGCACUGAAAUCCACUGAAAUUGUCAUAACUAAAAGAACUGUGAUUAGUUUAGAAGAGCAAUCUUCAAGUUCUAUUGAAGUUCAGUUUCGAUCUGAUCGCAAUUGUUGCCGUAUUUUUCAGCUUCUGAGUCUUGACUCAGAAUGCGCUCGACGUCGUUAUCUCAUCAACGAUGUUCUUCGCAAAUCCAAGGAAUUCACUGAAACCGAACAAAAGGCGCAGGUUGAGCGAUUUUAG